AUGUAUAUAAAAGGCGGUAAUGAUUUAUUUAGUUUAGUCAGCAAAAUGUCUUGGGUAAAUCAGUAUUUAAGCACGGGCAACCAUGGCUCUAUACAAUACGACGGAGGUGUUUUAUAUCCGGGACCUGAGGAAGACAUUGAAAUGGCGGAAAGAAUUCCAUUAACAAAUGUUAAUCGUUCACGUAGCAGUAAUGAUAUUCGAACAGUGCAAAGAGAGGAUGCUGCUACUCGUAUACGGUACGGAGAUAAUCCAAAUUUCGACGAUUUGGAUACGAGUGGCGAAACAGUUGAAUUUGAACGGGUGCCAGAAUCAAGGCCAGAAGAAAGUAAUAUCGGCGUGCGACGGCGCCGCCCAAAUAGACCACGAAAUCGUGGUCGAGGUCACCAGAGUUCAGAUAUAGAAGCCGCUAGCGAAACAGUGCCCUUGUUAUCUGAAAGUGUCACGGACGGGGCCGCAAUUAGCACAGCUGGUGUUACAAGUUCAGGGCAGAUAGCGAUAGCGGCUGGUGCGACAACUGCUGCCGCCGCAGGUGUUGCUUACGGCAUUAAAAAAGUAGUUGAACGUGUACAGAACAAAGGAUAUACUUUACCUGGUAGUGAUUACGUAGGACCGGGAAAUCCUAUAAAUAUAGACGCACCGCGCAGUGGAGCAGAUGCCAUUGCUAAAGAGCACGACGUAGGAUACGAUAAUCUGCUAAAGGAAGCAAGAGAACGACCAUUUACAGAAGAAGAGUUUAGACAACGAGUUCAACAGUUGGAUGCAAAAGCUAUAAUUGAUUUCGCAAUUGACUGGAGUCAUACACGAAAUUGGCAUUCAUUUGUGGGAAAAUACGGCCUGAAAUUGAAGACACCUGUUGAACAACGUAUUGGAAAAACUUUGUACCCGAAACAACCAAAUGCCGAAAAAACAGAUCACGACCGUCCAUCAACAUCUGGUUCAGCCACUGGAACAAGUUCUGUAGACGAACAUCACAUCGACCACGAGGUAUCAAACAGCGAAGAAGACGAAGACGAACAAGGACCAGAAGAAACACAACAGCAUUCUGAACCACAACGUUUAGUACCAUAUUCUGAUAGUGACGAAGGUAUGAGUUCGCCAAUGCAGGUAGAUUCAGGUAAACGUCAGGCUGCAGCAGGUCAUUCUGGUGGAUCUAAGAAAAAAAAAAAACGUUAACAGGUACUGCAGCACCAUCUGCUAACGUACUGGGUGAUUCUCCUAAUACUCGUGUUGAUCCGUUACCUGCUCCUUCUAUAUUAGAUACUGGUAAUAUUACA